ACGAGGAGGCGAGUGGGUGGAAAAUGACUGGAGGGAGCUGUUAUCCGCGGCUAAAAUUAGACAUUAGCACCAUGAAACGCGUUUUAUUUUUUAUUUAAGUCGUCGUUUGUCUUUUUCGAACGUUGACCUCUUAAAUCUGGAGAAACUUUGCUGACAUUAGACCAUUUGAAAGGCAUUUUAACACUGUUUUCUUUGCGUCGGGACCCUGCUCACAGAUAACCGUUAGUUAUUUUCCGCAGCCAGGAUGCCGCGGGACAACAAAACUCCUCUCAUCCAGAAAAUAGCAAAGCAAGCACACACCACCUUCGAAGGCUGGAAGCCUACCGCCAGCGGGGAUAACAAACUAUUCGCGGAGCAACAAGAGAACUUGUCUUUAGUGACCGCGGUCAGGGCGGCUGACCUGAAAAUUGAUCCCCGGAAAAGCAACUCGAGCACCGUGGCAGCGGAGCUCCAGAGCCCCCCGGUCACCUACAUGCAUAUCUGCGAGACGGAGGUGUUCAGCAUGGGGGUGUUCCUGCUGAGGAGCGGAGCCUCCAUCCCGCUGCACGACCACCCGGGCAUGAACGGGAUGCUGAAGGUCCUGUAUGGGAAGGUGAGCGUCCGCUGUUUCGACAAGCUGGAGAACAACCUGAGCGACGGCAGCGCCCCGCCUCAGCUGGAGCCUCCGUUGGCGAUGUACCAGACGUCCUCCCUGCGGCGCUCCGUGCUCCGCUCAGUCGUAGAGCUCUCAGAAACCAGCGGUCCAUGCCUGCUCACUCCUCUGCGGGAUAACCUCCACCAGAUCGACACGGUGGAGGGGCCUGCUGCUUUUCUGGAUAUCCUGGCCCCUCCCUACAAUCCUGACGACGGGCGGGACUGUCACUACUACAAAGUCCUGCAAACUGUGUCUCAGGGGGGGACGGAGGGGAAGAGCAACGAGGAGCAGCAGGGAAAGGAGAAGGAAGAGGAGACAUGGCUGCUAGAGAUACCUCAGCCAGAUGACUUCUGGUGUGGGGGGGAAGCGUACCCAGGCCCUGCAGUCUCUUUCUGAUCCGAGGAACUGCAGAGAUACAAUAGUGAUGUUCAUCUGUCUACAAGGAGACGUAGUUUCCCACACAUAAGGGUUAUCACCUGGAACUCAAAGGGAUUGUGUGCCUUGCUCCGGGGGGCUAGAGGCUCAUAGAAACAGGAGUGAACUGCACACAUAAAGACCUCGACCCGCCUUACACAAGUCAUUCUCGGAACCAAGAACUGAGUUGGAGUUUGCAUUCCUAAUAUGGUAUUUUUCUGCAGACGAUUAUGUUGCCUUGUACACACAUGAAUGUAAUCAGCCAAACGUUCUGUGAAUGAUGGGAUGUCUUUAGGAUCUCUGUGUUUGUGAGGCUUGGAAAGCCCUUCACAUUUAAUUUUUUUCACUCUUCCACAUCGUGACGUGUCUCAAUGCCAAAGCCUGCGACACAACUGCCUUAUUUGUGAAUAUCAAUGUGUACUUUAGAGCUUCAUUUCAAUGGUAGACACUCGUUUCUUCUUCCACAAUGCACUCACUUCAUAUUUACUUUAGUUCUAUCUUAUGUGUUUAACUUAUUCCAUUCCUACACAGGCCUGAUGAGCUGAUGGGUAAUAAACUGCUGUUCAGCUACGUAUUCUGUGAUGUGUUCUUCUGUCAUUUCACCUACUGUAACUUAAUCCACAGUGAUAUGGCCUCUGUGAUGCAUCAUAUUUAAGACCGGUUAAAGUCUUAAAACCCAGUCCAAAUGAAUAGCCUAUGAAAAUAAAUUAUAUUUUAAAACGGUAGCUGUUUUAGACCAUUUCCCUAUAUAUCAAACAAACACGUGUACACUUUCUUCCCAAACUUUCACAUGUAGCUUGAUAAACACUAUAUCAUUCCAAUGUGUAUGUUACAUUAGCUUAUAUCUGUGCAGACAGCGACUCCUCUGGCCUGGUUCAGACACCAGGUCUACGAGCCACUUCGAAAUGAUGCUGUUACUCUGAUGUUGAAUGUAUGUGCAACAAUAAAACACAUGGUAAUAAUCAUGGGACAUCA